UUACAGAGAUUGUCCUUCGAGGAUGUGGCCAUGGACUUCACCAGGGAGGAGUGGCGGUUUUUGAACCCCUACCAGAGGGACCUGUACAAGGAAGUAAUGCUCGUGAACUACAGCAACCUAGUGGCAGUUGGAUAUCAGGGUGCCAAACCCAGUUCACUCUUCAAGUUGCAGCGAGGAGAGCCCCCAUGGAUGGUAGAAGGAGCAGCCUGUGGUCAAACCUGUCCAGGUAAGUGAGUGAAAACCAAGACAGUGGGAGAAACGCCACACAGACCCCAGGUGGUCAGUGAAGGGUUGACACUCUCAAAAGGUGGUUGAGAGAACUUUUCCUGGCUGUUCCUCUUUGUUUGCUAUUAAAGGGUGACACCUUCUUUGUUCCUGUUUUCUGGAUCUGGCUGCAAUGCAUCUCACCUGGAGCCGUGACUUCUUGUCUGCUUCCAUUCUUCCCAGCCUCCUUGUGUCAUCUUUUCUUUCCUGCAGUUUCACUUCCUGGCCUCUGCCUCGCUGGCUUUGAAGCCCCCUCGCUACCUGGCUGGAUCCUUUUGCACUUAGCACGUAGGCAUCUCUGCCCCUGGGAAGGGGCUGGUCUCCUUCCCCGACAGUCUGCCUCUCUUAGCUCAUCUAAGGGCCUCCUGCACCUCAUCUCUCAGACCAGCUGUCAGCUUACUCACUCCUGCUUCCCUGCCUGCCCACCUUCUGUUUUAUCUUCUGCCUGAAUGAAUUAAAUUCAUUCUUAAGGCCUGCUGGAGACUACCAAAUUGAUACCUCUGCCACUGAUGUCUGACCUGUAUCUAAUCCUGUGUAUUGUCAGCCUGAUUUCCUGCUAAUGUAUGUGAAACCAGAAGUUGUCUUUCUCCCAGAUACUUGGACCAAAGUACGUUCAUAGACACUGAAGAUUCAAGCUGUCUGAUUCUGACAGAUAUUCUCCAAUCAGCAGCUCCCUUUCUGUAGUCUCACCUGCUCUGUGAUGCUGUAUUUUGCUGCAGCCAGGGCAGUUAUCCUGUGGAAUUCUUUCUCCUUCAGCUUCAGUGUCUGAAACCAGGAUCAUUAAUCCUCCCAGCAAAUGUGUGGACUCAGGUGCAUUUCACUUGGCUCUGCUAUAGAGCUGUACUCUCCAGUGCCUCAUCACCUUGGAGUUCCUUCAGUCUGCCUUCUUCACUCUGUUGUAUUGUGUUUUUUUUGGUUAUUUAUUUAUUUGAAAGGCAGAGUUACAGAGAGGCGGUGGCAGAGAGAACGAGAGAGAGCUUUUCCAUCCACUGGUUCACUCCCCAGAUGGCCCCAAUGGCUGGAGCUGCACCGAUCCCAAGCCAGGAGCCAGGAGCUUCUUCCAGGUUUCCUACAUUGGUGCAGGAGCCCAAGGAGUUGGGUAGUCAUCUACUGCUUUCCCAGGCCAAAGCAGGGAGCUGGAUUGGAAGUGGAGCAUCCGGGACUUGAACCAGUGCCCAUAUGGGAUGCCGGCACUGCAGGCGGUGGCUUUACCAGCUAUGCCACAGUGCUGCCCCCCUGUUCUGUUGUUUUUGAAAGUCUCUGCUGUUCUUGUUGAUUUUUGUUGUUUUGAAAAGACUGUGAAUUCCACAGUCAAUUCCCAUCUCAAGCCAUGCUAACAGGCUUACGUUGCCCCAUUGGCUAUAUACAUUGACUGAUUUCAGUGUUUCUGUUCAUUCCCUUUGAUGCUAUAGCUGCGUUCCUCUGUGGAGGGCAGAGCAUCAGAGCUGGGGAGCUGGACGAGAAAACAUGAGGUGUGACUUUGGGGUGAGAAAAAGUUCUGAUGUGCAUUUUUAGAGCUGGAAAAGAACCCAGCCAACUAGAAUGAGGAAUUCCAGGGCUGUGAGUAAGGGCAGAGCCAGAAGGUGUCCCCAGACAAGGACAGAGUUAUUCCAGGGAGGAACAAAAGGAUGUGUUGUCUUGACUGUUGCAGAGGAUGUCAGAGGAGUGCGGGUGCUGUGUGUGUCUGUGAGGAUGUCAGAGGAGUGCGGGUGCUGUCUGUGCCUGUGAUUGUGUCUUUACACUCCGAUUCUGCCUUUGACUCUGCCCACUCUGUUUGUCUUCACGAAGUGCUGUUUGACUGCUCUCCUGCUCACUUGGAAUUGUUUCCUGACUUCCUCUCUACUUUGUAAUUAUGCUGUGCCAACUCAAUAAUGACCACGUGUAGUGUUUAUGUUGAAAAGGGUCUGUGUAGUCUCCUUCCUUCCUCAGGACAGACUACUGAACGUGCAAGUGAGACCACAUCAUGGUUCCCUGAACAUGCGGGUGACAUCAUUGCAUGCAUUUAUCGUAUCUUUCUACACACAGGUUUUGUUUUGCUUUAUUUUGUUUUUUGAUCAGUU